AACGGGUCACCCAGCUCACCCAAGACGAAGAAUAAGCGCAAACAGUCGCCGAGUUCCGAAGACUUUAUAGAGAGUUCUCAAGCGCCUGUUGCGGACAAGAGUUGUCUGAAAAAUAAAUUCAGAGGGUUUAGACAAACAACGAUCGAGGAGUCGAUGCAAGUCCUGCAACCCGAGAAAGACGCAGAAACGGAAACGAUGGACUUGGAUUCCGUUCCUGGAAACGAAAAUAAAGUAAAGCCGUUGAGAAUUUCCAAAACAAGACGAUUUUCUUUGACUGAGCCGUCGUCGCAAAAAGUUGACGUUGGUAAACGCUUGAAACGUAGCAGGUCGUUGGAGAAGCUGGAUUUUGCGUCGGAACUGAUAACUUUCUCUUUGGAGAAGGUUACUAAAGAAGAAGUUCAUGUUAACGAUACGUCGCUGGAUACUCUUACGUGUGAUUCGAUUCCAAGCAAAGAGGAAACUCCUGCUCUGGAUUCAGAGAACUUGGGUGAAGUGGAUACUCUUACGUUUAGUCCGGUGCGAAGUCCGACUAAACAGGAUCUUCCGGGGUCACCAGUGACUUGCGAUACCCCGGAACGCACCACCGAGUUACUAAACAACACAUCAGACAUAUCCCCCAUUAGUUCGACGUCGGAAGUUACUACACCCAAACAAGCCACUAACGAAGUUUCAAAUAGAAGAGUAGCAAGGUUGUUACAAAUGGUCAAUUCGAACGUGCAAGUCAGUACCGAGGGGAGAAGGUGGUUCGGAAAUAAAGUUUCGUCACCGAGUAGCGGCAGAAUCCGGAAAAUACGUAUGAAGAAGGAAGAAAAUUUGGAUAUUUUAACGUUCUCGAGGGAGGUCCCCAGUCCAUUAACAGUUCCGGCCAGCGGUAUCCUAAAAAGGAAAUUCAACAAUGUAGACGAAGUAGCCACACCGUCUCCCAAGAGAAAACGCGUCAACUUCUCCGACCCGGCCAUCACCGACAAGAAACUCUUCAUCAAAGACGCCGAAGAGUACGAAAUCGACCAAAAAACCUACAGUACAAACGAAUCUCAAGUAGACGAAGCGGACGACUUAGCGGACACUAAGAAAACGAAGGAAUUCCUGGACGGUUUUGAGCGCGACAGCGCUCUCCUCACUUUCCGAGAUUUUUGUGAUUCCAAUUUCAAAAAUACAUCUCUAGACGAUACCAAAACCGCGCUUAAGCACCUCUUACACAAUUUGCAAGUCCCCGAAGUCAUGGAAAUCAUCACCGACUAUUUAGGUGAUGACGAGAUUAAAAACACGCUAACGAAUGAAUCGUGCGAACAAAUCGUCGACCGAUUUGUCGUCCCUCUUGUCGAAAAUGUGAUCAAUUUCGAAGACUUUUUACCAAAGUUGCUUAAGGUGGUGGAGAAGCUACCGAACGAUCGACUGCAGCGGUUCAUUGACGACGUUACCGCGGUGUUUGGAGAUAGGAUAAACCAUAGUAUUAGUGCGAAGCUGACGCAGGAGCAAGUGGAAGAGCACGUUUUGAGUCUGAGCUGCGACAAGGUUCACGAUUUGAUGAAGACGUAUUGUUCGAAUUUGGAGCAGCAGCAGCGCAAUGAGUUUCUAGUAGGGUUGAUGAAUUUGGCCAGUGAUGAGCUUCCUUUCAACAAGGAAUUCCUCAAUUCGCACGUUACUAUUUUGCAAAAUUUUGUUUCAAAAAUGACAGACUAGUACAGGAUUUUUGUUAGUUUUGUCUUGGGGUUGCGUUAAAAGGACUGAGUCAUGUUUGUAUAUUUGUAUUACUUAAGUUUACAGUAACAUUGUAUAUCUUUUUUUUCGUAGAUGUAUAAAUUAAUAAAACUUACAGUAUGGUUCAA